AUGGAAAUGGAUGGAACAUAUUGCACUGUUUUCUGCGACGGAAGAACUCAGGGUGGAUACUUCUGCUACCCGGGCAGAGAAUGGGUGCCCGAUCUGCCCUACUGCGUAAGAGCGAAAGAUGGUUCAACUACAACCAGUGAAGAAGAUACUAAAAAAUGUGAGUGUCGAAAUGGUGGCACAUGCGAUCCUUACGGACGUUGCGUUUGUCCUUCUGGAAGGACAGGCAUUCAUUGUGAGAAAGGAGCUCCAACUAUCGUAGGAUCACAAUCUACGCGAUGUGAAUGCAUAAACGGCGGCACAUGCGAUCCUUACGGACGGUGCGUCUGUCCUGCAGGAAGGACAGGCGCGAGAUGUGAGGAAGUGGCCUGCACAGACCCUGGCCCACUGGACAAUGCCAUUAUCCAAAACGAUAAUCGCUAUCCUGCUGCACCUAGAGCAACAUACAGACCAGGAGAGACUGUAUGGUUUUACUGUCUUCGAGGUUUUACCAUGCAGGGCGUUGAUUCUAUCACAUGCCAAACGUCUGGGAGGUGGACCAAGAAACCUACAUGCGUCCCUCAAACGGCUGCAGCAGCGAACGCAACUACUCCUGCUCCUGUGUAUUGCACGCAUCCAGGAUCAGCCACGAAUGGCUACAGCCUGAACAUGCUAGGAGCGCCUACAUUAUCCACGGCAAAAUACAAACCUGGUGAGACUGUGUGGUUCUACUGCAACGAGGGUUUUGCAAUGCAGGGCCCCGAUUCCGUCACGUGCCAAAUAUCAGGAACAUGGACCAAGAAGCCCACGUGCACCCGCCAAACGGUAACUGCAGCACCCACCACAGAAAUCACCCAAGCUCCUGUGAUUUGUCCUAACCCAGGCGAUGUGCAGAACGCAGACCGGAACGUCAAUGGUCCUGCCGGACCGAAUCCGGUUUAUCACCCCGGACACAUCGUCAUUUACACUUGUAAGCCCGGUUACGUUCGGAAGGGGCCCGUUUACGUCACUUGCCUGUCUUCAGGAAGAUGGUCCAGCCAGAAACCAAUCUGCGCUUUGAUAACCCCUGAGCCCAAUGAUCCACCUGAGGACAACCGAGUGUUCUGCAGGGACCCGGGCCCCAUCAAGAACGGGAAAGCGAUGGUCUAUCCUCCUGGCGGCAACGCUCGCAGAUUCGUCGUGGAACAUAAUUUCGAAUACCUUGAAGGAACAGUCCUAGAAUACGACUGUGAAGACGGAUACACCCCUAUUGGAGCGUUGUCCAUCACCUGCGGGAGUAAUGGGUUCUGGUCUGCUGUCAUUCCAUCUUGUAUCGAAACGUGCGGCAAGCCCCAGGUGAUGACCCAGCGAAUAACCUUCGGGGCGGAGACAAGGGCAGGCCAAUGGCCAUGGACAGUGGCGGUUGCAGUCAUCUACGACAGUGUGUCUGUGGUGGAGUGUGGAGGAGUGCUCAUAGACAGGAGGAGCGUUCUGACGGCCGCCCACUGCUUUGACACUUCGGGCUCGUUCGAACUUUACUUCGGGAAGCAUCGGAGACAAGCUGAAGAUGACGACAAUCAAGUAGACAAACGAACGAACUUGGCGGUGACCAUCCAUCCGAGCUACAACGGGUCGACGUUCGACUCCGACAUCGCCCUGGUGCGCUUCUGGCCCGAGAUUCGAUACACUUCGCGCAUCCAGCCCAUCUGUCUGCCCACCCCCGAGUCGACGGCGAAUAACAUCAGAAGAGGGAAAGACGGCAUCGUGACAGGCUGGGGACUCAACGAAAAGGACAUGCCCUCCGACUCCCUUUUCAUGGCUUACUUACCCGUCCUUCCGGGCGACUACUGCAUGAAAGCUUACCGCAGCCAAGGGAAGAACUUCCCCAUCACUUCCAACAUGUACUGCGCUGGACGGGACGAGGGAGGGAUGAGCGCCUGUUCCGGGGACAGCGGAUCCCCCAUGGUGUUCUACGAUGAGGUUAUGGAACAUUACACGUUGGAAGGAAUCGUCAGUUUUGGCGUCAACGGCCAGUGCUCGAUGCCAAAGAGCUACACAGUCAUGACCAAAAUACUGCCUUACUUGCCGUGGGUCAUCCGUACUAACUAUAUUUAUUGAUCAAUUGACGAUC